AGGAUAUUUUUGGAAAGUCAACACAAAAAUAUCCCUCUUUUAAAUCCUCAAAAAGUCAAAAAGGAAAGUUUAUUUAGGGAGGGAGGGAGUAUGAGACAAUGAUAAAAUACAUAUUUUGAUAUAGGAGUGUUUUUUUUUUCAAACCAUUCCAAUAUUUUUCCUCUUUUUACUGCACAAAUUCUGGUGUGAGAUAGGCAAAUAAACCACAUGGCAGGUCAACUAUAACACUUGUAAGAACAAACAGCCCACACCAAUGCAUGCCUAUUCACUCUGCUAUCUCUUCAAUUCAACAAACUACUGAUCUCAAUUUCUUCUAUAGAUUCUUUUACUGCAAUUGACCAAAGCGGUGAUGAUGAAAUUUGGUUGCAACCUAUCAGUGUUUAAGCCUGAGAAAAGGAGACAUUUAUGGCUAAUCACAGGGCUGUUUGCUUUGGUUAUAAUGGUUCACUAUCUUAAAUUUCCAAAUGAAACAAUCAAAGGAACUCUCUUUUCUUUUCAAUGGUGGGAUUCAAACAGAAGGAAUGAGACUUACCAAAUGGCCAAUGCAAGUUUCAGUGCUAAGAAGGAAGCCACAGAUUUGAAGAAUGGGUUGGCAUUAGAAAAUGCAUCAAACGCCGAACCGAAUCAACAAAAGAAGACCCCAUUUCAUCCAACCAGUUCCACAGUUCAGAUAAGCAUACCGCCCGAAAUGGCUAUGGUUUCGCCUUCUCCCUUGUCUCAAUCUGUUAGGGACGGCACAAAUGCAACGUUAGUAGAUAUUUCUCCUAGACCCAAAGAAGUCAUAGUGAUAAAGAAAAUGACAAGUGACCGUAACAUUUCUUGUGAGAAUCCAAUGGUAAAGAAAAUGGCAAUGACGCAAAAGGAAAUGGGAGCGGUGCCAUUUUCGGAGAUGAAAAACAUGCUCUUUCAUAAUCAAUCCCCAUACCUUCUCAUUAAACCAUUGUGGCCUUCUAUUGUUGAUCAAGAGUUGUUAAAUGCUAAAUCACAAAUUGAGAAUGCAGAGAAAAUUCAAGAUGAUGAUGAUGAUGGCCUCCAUGCCCCUCUUUACUGGAAUGUGUCCAAGUUCAAAAGGAGCUACGAGUUGAUGGAGAAGACGCUCAAGGUAUACAUCUACAGGGAGGGGGAAAGGCCGGUGUUUCAUAAACCAGACCUGAGAGGCAUAUAUGCAUCAGAAGGCUGGUUCAUGAAGCAGCUGACAACCAACACAAAAUAUAUAACAGAUGACCCAACAAAAGCACACCUCUUUUACCUGCCAUUCGGCUCCCAUAAUCUGCAGCGCAGCUUGUACGUGCCGGAUUCGCACAGCUUUGCCAACUUAAUUGAAUAUCUGAAUGCCUAUCUCCAGCUUAUCAGAGGAAGAUACCCUUUUUGGAACAGAACCUGUGGAGCUGACCAUUUUCUUGUUGCUUGCCAUGACUGGGCAGGCUGCAGAAGAAACAAGGUGGCAUAUGGCAAACUGCAUAAGAUCUCUCUGCAAUGCCGAUCUCCGAGAGGGCUUCCAAUUCGGAAAGGACGUCUCCCUCCCAGAAACUUACAUGCAUUUUGCCCAAGACCCACUGAAGAAUCUGGGAGGGAACGCCCCUUCCGAACGGAGCUUUCUCGCAUUCUUUGCAGGAAGAAUGCAUGGCGACCUCCGGCCCACACUCCUGAAACACUGGGAGAACAAAGACCCCGACAUGAAGAUCUUUGGCCGCAUGAACAGGAAAGACUACGCGAAGCACAUGAAGAGCAGCAGAUACUGCAUCUGCGCCAGAGGGUACGAAGUGAACAGCCCGAGAGUCGUCGAGGCAAUUUCCUACGAGUGUGUCCCGGUGAUCGUGUCCGACAACUUCGUUGCCCCGUUCCUUGAGACGUUGAACUGGGAAUCCUUUG